AUGGUCUGGGCGAUUUUGGUGUCUCGUGUACGAUGCAAGGCUCGAUCCUAUUGGAUCGUGAUGGUGGUCUUGGUUCUUAAUGAUUUGAAUCUUGCCACUUGUCACAGUGAUCCUUACAAGGCUGUACAAGUCUACAGGCAGAUGGCAAUGUUUGAUGACAACCUUGCAAACCAUUGUGUGCCAAACACGCCAGCUAUCAGUAUCGGAUCAAGAGCCACUGCUUAUGGCUCGUCGCAAGUUGGUGGUAAUCAUACAAUCGCUGGAUUCAACGAUGGAGUAUUUGGAAAUGACAAGGGUUGGAUUCCUGGAUCUUUUGACACUGCCCCCUGGAUUUCUGUUUUGUUUUCAACCUCUGUAGUCAUCCGGUACAUCGCAUUUUCACAGUCCAAGGACAGGUUUGGGGGAGCAUUCACAGUAGAGAUACUUCCAUACGACAGCACGACCUUGUUCAUCGACGCCAGCACUGCCGGUUGGCAAACAGUGACAACCAUCCCAGCCAGGUCCAACCCUCAUCGCCAGGUGUUCGACCUCGGGGGCGCGGUCCUGGCCAAGGCAGUUCGGAUCAAGUUCAGCGCAGCCAUAGGCAACAGCUUCGACGAGUUCGAGGUGUACGCAGACUCGGAGAGGUUUCCGAGGAACGUGUCAAUCGGGACCGUGAACCCGGGUGGAACUUGUGCCGGUUAUCGGAGAAACGCGGUUUACGGUGUGCUGGCAAGCGAUUACACGUGUCCUGCUGGUACCUACAGGAAUGGAGCUGCUAUCCAUCCAUGCACGACCUGCCCCACAUCGAAGCCCUGCUCUAAGCUUGAAUCCACGGCAGCGACUACCCGCAACACAUGCAACAAGGGGUACUACGCGGAGACAGGCACUUGUGUCGAAUGUCCCCACAUGACCACCACGAGCUCUGCUGGGGCCAAGAGCGUGGCAGAUUGUGUGCCUUAUAAGCCGUUGGUUAGCUAUCAGUUUGAAGAUGGAAGCAAUCUGGGGAAGGAUAGUUCGGGGAAUGGGAAGCAUGCGACCAUAUCGUCGCCUCCACCAACACUGACAAGCGGGAGGAGGGGGAAUGGCGCAUUGUUCUUUACUGGGAACAACUAUCUUGAGCUGUCCAAUGACGGUACUUUCUCACCAGCAACAUUCAGCAUAUCUGUUUGGGUAAGGGUGACACAAGCGAAUAUUAACCAGUCUAUUGCAAGCUGCCAGUCAAAGAAUGGUGGAAGUACUUUGCAAGGAUGGACGCUGUAUAUUAAUGCAGACUCAAAGACAAUUACUUUUGAAACGUGGCAUAACAGCCUAGUUCAUGCAAGCCAGUGGGCAGACUUUGCAAACAAUGUGUGGAAUCAUCUUUAUGUGAGUGUAAGCACAAACAGCGGAACGAUGAUCAAAAAAAUAUACGUGAAUGCCGCGCAUACCGUGAGUUCGACUACAAUGCAUUACGGCCAAGCGUCAGGAGAUACUUUUGCAAUAGGUGCGGCUGGAUUACCAUAUACUUCAUAUCUCACCAACGGAUAUCUCGAUGACUUUCGGUUUUACACACACGAGCUAUCGGAACAUGACAUACAUCAGCACUACUACCCUCUCUUCUAUCCCACUGGGUGUUUGACUCACAGCUACAACUCCAACCCCUCCUACGCUUUUUAUCCAGAAGUGAUUGCCAGCGUGGACUUCCCCAGUGUCGCCGAUCUCAACUCAGCGGCGUCUGUGCCCCUUGCAAGCUUCGAUGCUGCCGUGAGGGCCCUGGUGUCGAGCGAGAAGUACGCGACGAUUGUGAGGGUCUGUUACGACUGCGACGCCUCCUACUGGCUCACCUUCUACAAGCGGGUGCUCCCGAUCGAUCCCGAUUGGAGUCUGUCUCAGGCUCUACUCUACGAUUGGAUCUCAGAUCGCAACAUACAAAACCUCCAUUUCAAGUUCUACACCAAGGAAUCUGAUUACCUCGCCGAUAAACCGGCGACCUUUGACCCAAGCUACUGUGCUUCUACCUACAGCUACGGCUCCAUGCACCUCUGCUCCACCAUCACUACAAGCCCAGCUGUCGUACCCACGGUGAUUGACAGCAGUCACUCGUACCUGUCAUUCACGAAUAAUGGGUCGGUAGACCAGCAGCCAUACACGGUCACCUUCUCUGAGAACACAGUGGUGGAUUACCUCCUGAUCGGAGGGGGAGGCGGCGGGGGUUUCGAUGGCGGAGGAGGAGGAGCAGUCGGUAACGGAGGUGCGCACAGUGCAGCGAACAACGCUUCUGCUCAGAACGGAUUCAACACUAUCUUCCUUGGGCUGGUCAAGAUGGCGGAAGUGGGGGUGGAGGUGGGAGCUCAGAAGCGGCUAGGACAAGAGGGGCAGGAGCCGGAACGUCUGAUCAAGGCAACGAGGGAGGGGCAGGAACUCCCGUCACCUAUGCAGGCGGAGGCUCAGGUGGCAGUCCUAGUGGAAGGUCACUUGCAGUACGGGGGAGGAGGAAGAGGACGGGUCGCUGAUGGAUGCAGCUCUUCCGCGUACACUCGCAGUCCUACCGACGGCCAACCCGGCGUUGUCAUCCUCCGCUACCGGACCAGUCUGGUAGCGACUAGUGGAGAUGCAGUGGGUGCCUCGAACAAGGCCGUGUUUUACCUGCUCAAGGAUUGUCGAAGGUGUCAGGAUGGGUUUCAGACUGCGGUGACUAGUGCUACCAGCGUAUCACAAUGUGAAAAAUAUGAGUUUUCAACACCUUGGUGUCCUAUUGGAACAUAUUCAGAUUCAGGACAUAUGUCAGCAGAAGAUCAGAAUUGCAUAACCGGUGAAAUGGUGGCCAAGACAAGAUGCAUAUCCUUCGCAAGGAAAUGCGGAUGUGUGGAUAGGCAAUUCUGCAGAUGA